AAUAUAAUCUAUAGUCGGAAAACUCGAAUCGGUUGUUUGAAUUAUGUUUCUGCUUAAAAACUGUGUAGUUUUAACGUAAUACGUAGUGCUAAUUUGUUUGAAAAUGCUUUCAAGUUACUCUAUCUGCAAGUGCAAAGCUUCUCGUCGAGGUUAUUAAUUAACCGUCCGUGCAUCAUCAAAUUGACCGACCCGUUGAACGUAGAUAUGAAAUAAAUAUUGUAAAUUGAACGUAUACAUGUUUAUAUAGAAUCUUACGUGUGUUAAAAUUGAUUUAAAUGUAGUCCCAUUUGAAAUUAUUUACCGUAAUAAAUUUCACGUAAUGUUUAUCAGUGUGGAUUUCGGCGUAUUAUUCGAUUCGGUAUUUGAUAUUAUCGAUUUUGUACGAAAAACGUUUUUCGAUCGUGUUAAACGGAUUUGAAUGAAUUGCUAAUACCAUACGUCGGUUAGAUGCGAGAAUAAAUGAAAAAUUCGAUUAGAAAUGUAACUGUUGAAACUACAUAGUGUUAGUGUUGUCCGAUGAUUUUGAUUUUCGCGUUAUUUGUGACCUAAUCAGUGAUAACGUUCGUGCUUUCGUGAUACGUUUUACUAUUUAAUGAAGAGUUAUCUGUCGGAUCGAUCGAUAAUUAAGUUUAAUUCGUUUGUUUAAUUGUGCGGUUUAUUUUCCACCCCAAGUUACGUUCCUGCUCUCGCAACCAACAUGUCUUCCGGUACAUUUGUCGACAGGAUAGAUCCUUUUGCCAAACGAUCGUUGAAGAAGAAAUCGAAGAAGUCGCAAGGCUCGUCAAGAUACCGGACAGCAACCGAUGUCGAACUACAGCAAUUACCGUUACUAAAAGAUGUGCCAUCGUCAGAACAGGAAGAAUUAUUUAUUCGUAAGCUGAGGCAGUGCUGCGUUACGUUCGAUUUCAUCGAUCCCACCGCCGAUCUAAAAGGCAAAGAAAUUAAAAGGAAUACUCUAAACGAAUUGGUCGAAUAUAUAUCCCAAGGAAGGGGCAUCCUUACAGAAUCCGUCUACCCGGAGAUUAUUAAAAUGAUCUCCGCGAAUUUAUUCCGUACAUUACCUCCGAGUGAGAAUCCAGACUUCGAUCCAGAAGAAGACGAUCCUACGCUAGAAGCUGCCUGGCCACACUUAGCUAUAGUGUACGAAUUAUUCUUAAAAUUUUUAGAAUCACAAGACUUUCAGCCGACGAUUGGCAAAAGAGUUAUUGACCAAAAAUUUGUUUUACAGUUACUAGAAUUGUUUGAUAGCGAAGAUCCUAGAGAAAGAGAUUACCUUAAGACUGUUCUGCAUCGUAUUUAUGGGAAAUUUCUCGGCUUAAGAGCGUUCAUACGUAAACAGAUUAAUAAUAUUUUCUUGAGGUUUAUUUAUGAAACGGAACAUUUUAACGGAGUCGGAGAAUUACUAGAAAUAUUAGGCAGCAUUAUAAAUGGUUUUGCGUUACCUUUAAAAAUGGAACAUAAACAGUUCCUGAUCAAAGUAUUGAUUCCAUUACAUAAAGUAAAAUGUUUGUCGAUGUAUCACGCCCAAUUGGCGUACUGCGUGGUGCAAUUUUUGGAAAAAGACGCAACCCUGACGGAACCGGUUGUCAAAGGCCUGCUCAAGUAUUGGCCAAAAACGUGUAGUCAAAAAGAGGUGAUGUUUUUGGGAGAAAUGGAAGAAAUAUUGGAUGUAAUCGAACCUACGCAAUUUUUAAAAAUACAAGAACCUUUAUUUAGACAAAUCGCUAAAUGCGUUUCAAGUCCACAUUUUCAAGUGGCCGAACGUGCUUUAUAUUUUUGGAACAAUGAAUAUAUCAUGAGUCUUAUAGAAGAAAAUAAUUUUGUAAUUAUGCCAAUCAUGUUUCCGGCACUAUAUCGUAUCAGUAAAGAGCACUGGAAUCAAACUAUUGUAGCGUUAGUUUAUAAUGUUUUGAAAACUUUCAUGGAGAUGAAUAGUAAACUCUUCGAUGAAUUAUCCGCAUCGUAUAAAGCUGAAAGGCAAAAGGAGAAAAAACGUGAAAAAGAAAGAGACGAAUUAUGGAAAAGACUGUCCGAAUUAGAAAUUUCUAGUAAAUCGAAAGGCGAUUAGAUUAGAGAAUAAUUAUCAGUUUAAAAAAAAGUUUUAAAGUAAUUAAGGUUGAGUACACACGGAUCGUUUUCAAUUGAGUAUUAUGUGCUUUUAGAGAGAAGUUCGAAAAUGUUGUUUUUUACUCACGAUAUUUAUGUAUUACGCUCCGUAUCGGGUAAUUUUUUAUCUAAAUAUCGGGGUCAUUCGCUCGACCGGUGUGUGAUGUAGGUCUAGAGAUACCUUUACCUACCUAUCGUAUCAAUCUAUGUAGAAUUUCGAUGUCUUUGGCGAGGCUCGACCCGCAAACCGAGGUGUUUUUCUCGUAUCUGUAUAAUCUAACUACCUACCUAUUUCAAUAUUAGACAAUAUUUUUACAAAGCGUU